GUACUUCCGUUUGGCGGCGGGGAGUGGGGGGUGGCCAAUGGGAGGGUUGCCGGAUUUGGCAAAGUCGUCAUGAGGAAGACGGCGGGCGCCGCGUUGAUGUUUACAUGUUGAGCGGUUCGCGGGUUGGUCGGUCGGCGGUCCUUGGCGUUCCAGUCUGCGUGAAUGCUACUGUGCUGUCCUCUUCAGGUGAGGGGCAGGCUGCUGCAGCGUUUGCGUCAUGUCGGGCACAGAUGAGUACAGAAAUAUCUCAGAAAAGGAGACCAAAAAAACGAUCAGCUACUGCGUGGCGGACACAGUGCGCAAUCUCCAGUUGAGCCAUGUCACGUCGGGCAAGCACGUGACGAGCGAUGAGGACGAUGCUAACAAGCUGUGCUGUGCCCUGGAGGCCACCUUCAUGCACGGUCUCAAGGACAAGUACCUGCGCAGUGAUGCCCCCUCAGACAAACGCGUCCGGAGGAAUAACCGGACUUCCGGUGGACUCCCUGAACCGGUCUUUUGGAGCCUGCUCAAGUCCAUCACGCACAGGAAUGUGCUGGCAGAAUUGAACAGCCUAAAAUUCAUCAACACGGACAUAGGCCGCUGCCGGGCCUGGUUACGCCUGGCACUGAAUGACAGCCUAAUAGAGUGCUACUUCACGUCGCUGCUGCGUGAGAAGGCCACCCUGGCUGAUGCCUACCACCCAAGCGCCUUCCUCAUGGACCCUGAGGAGACCACCAUCUUCCUCUCCUACCUCCAGGGCACCGCCAGCUUGACCUUCACCCUCUCCUACAAAUCGAGUGUUCUCAAUGAGUGGACGACAACGCCGCUCGCUCUUGCCGGCCUUUUGCCGCACAGCGUCUCGUCCAAUCUGGACAGUCUGGACCGGCGGCCCAGUAUGAGCAGCGUAGCGAGCUCGUCCUCGGAUGGCAGUUCUAUCGCGUCAACCACAAGUGAUGCCGUGGAGGUUUUCCGGGGGGUGCCGAAGCGCAGCUACAGCCAUUCCGAGCGACUAGGCACGGGGCCCGGGCAGGGACGGCAUGGGGGGAUAACAGGCAACGUUGGUGGGAACAUUACAGCGGUAGCAACGACGCCGCAGGAGAAUCAGCAGCACCCGGAACAGUACAGCUGGCAAGGAGGAACGCAAGAGUCGUUGGUAAUGCAGGGUACGUUGCUCGCACCCGCGAAUGUGACGGUGGAUGGGAUGGAUCGCACCCAAUCGACCCACAAUGAUACCUUAAAGUUUAGUAUUGAUUGCGAAGUGAAAGGGGUUGGCGCUGCUUUGAGCAGUGCUACUGACGCAAAUGGAUUCGGCCCAUGCAGCAACCUUCCUAAAGAAAGUGCCUCUCUUGGAAUGAGAUGUGGGGUUGCCCCGAGUCUCUCGGCAAAGUUAAGUCUCCUUUCGUCUGGUUUGGAGUGCAAGAAGAGUCUGCCUCCUGAUGACAUGACAGGAUCGUCUUGCAGCACACCCCUCACUGAUGGUGUCAACAGCCACGCCAGCCCAGCAUCAAGCGAAACUCCAUCCGACGAGGUCAGCCCGGCUUUAGAGGCGAUGGAGGAUCCAUUCACGUUGAAUGUGCGGCUCGUCACUAAUGCCAACUCUACUGCCAAUAUGAAUGCCGGUCCCCUUAACUUGCAUGCCAUGUGCCCAUCGGAUGGAGUGAGAGGGGCUUCCGCCUCUUUGAACGGUGCACUCCUACGAAUGCCCGGUAUCGCCGCAGCACCCUUGGGACUCUCAGCAGUGGACGAUGAUGAGGUCACUCCGGAAACUCCCUCGAGGGUAGAUGACGCCAUAAACAGGAGAAAAAGCAGCGGGCGAGAUCUCUUCGGCUCGGAGGAGGACAUUUACACGCAGAGCACAGGCGGGAGGGAGGCGACAUCCGAGACAGGCGGCUCUUUGCACCCUGUUGUGGGACGACAGGAGCGCGCUGCCUCCAGCGCCUACCCCAACACAGAGCACGCAAGCAUGAGCUCAUCUGCCCCUUGCUCGUCGCUCAGCAACAUUGUGGUGGUGCACAAGAGGAAAACAGGCGUCUACAACCCAUUUCAAAACAUCCUGAAGAUGGGCAACCUGGAGAAGCGGACGGGCACCAUAUUGCUGUGGAAGGAGUACCACUGUGUGCUGGCACCCAUGUCCCUGCAGCUCUUCAACCCAGGCUCAGAGGUGCACGGCAAGCCCAAAGAGGUCUACAUGGUCGCUCAUUGCCAGGGCGUGAUUAGAGGCGGCAGUAGCAACCUCUUCCAGGUCGGAGGUGGCAACCGCUGUUGCCUGGAGCUCACCUACUCGGGCACCCGCAUACACCUGCGUGCGCCCUCAGAAGAGCAGGCCGACGACUGGGUUGAACGGCUGCAGGAGGCCAUCACCGCCAUGCAGUUCUUGCCAGCCGAUGAUAACGACACAACAAUCCAAGGGCCACAAAAUCACUGCACAUCUGGACCACCACACCCAGAGCCCACGGUUGAUGAAAGCUGCCUGGUACAGCCACUGCUGCACGGUGUGCUAAAGGUACAGCAGAUACAGCAAGAGGAGACAGCAGGCACGGCGCAGGCAUGGAAGUCAUUUUACUUCACGCUGGACAAGGACACACUGUGCCGCUAUGCCAUGAGCGAUCGCAACGGCGCCCCUGUCCGCACACACGGAACUCGCGAGCUACGAGACGUGGAGAGAAAGCGGGGUGCGCCACGCAGAUUCAGCAUUGUGUUGGGCGGUGACACCCUGCACCUGCGUGCCGUCAGUGAGAUGGAGGCACGCCUGUGGGUUCACAUGCUCAGACGCGUUCAGGGGCAGCAGACAGGGUCAGGGGAGCAUGGCUGCAAGAGUCCAGAGCGAGCAUGGGGGCGGAACGGUGAGGGUGAGGAAGAGGGCGCCACUAUCACCAGCUCCUUCCUCAACCUGCUCACCGAGCUGCCCGCGGAGAAAGGCCUGGAUGCACAGAACUGCAAGUGUGCUGGUUGCGGCCGGGAGAUCGGUUUCUGCUAUGGUAAAGCCAAGGUGUGCUCCUACAGUCGGCGCUACUACUGCGUGCACUGCCACGCAGACGAUCUCGUCCUCAUCCCCGGGCGCGUGCUGCAUAACUGGGACGUCAGUCUGCAAAAGGUGGCAAAGCAGGCCAAGGAGUUCUUGGAAUACAUAGCGGAGGAGCCACUGCUGGACGUGAGCGAGGUGAACCCUAAGCUCUAUAAGCAUGUGGCUGAGCUGGCAUCCUUGCGAACCAUGAGACAGCAACUCAAGUCACUGCGGGCCUACCUCUUCACCUGCCGCUCCAUCGUAGCAGACGAGCUCAGGCGAAGGGUUUUGCCGAGGGAGUAUCUGCUGGCGCACAUGCACCUGUACUCCAUCACAGACCUCCAACAGGUCAUCGAUGGUCGGUUCGCCCCAUUCCUCGCCAAGACCAUCAAGUUUGCAUCCGACCACGUCUACUCCUGUGGCCUCUGCAGCCAGAAGGGCUUCAUCUGUGAAAUCUGCAACAGCUCUGAAAUCAUCUACCCCUUCGAGGUGUCUUCUACCAUUCGGUGCGAGCGAUGCCAAGCCGUUUUCCACAAAGCCUGCAAGGGCAGCACGGUGGCCUGCCCCAAGUGCAUGAGACGGGAGCUGAGGACCAUGCAGAGAUACUGCAGACCCGAGGAGCACACGGGCCCUUCACAAGCCAUACCUGAAUUCCCGUACUCAAGCAGCCCCUGACGACAAUUUUUGAAUGGUAAAAGGAAGGUGGGGGGGGGGGUUGGGAAGAUGACACUUGUUAAUGGAGCUACCGCCAGAUUUGCGGUGCCGUGUGGUGUACAGACUGCCCGGCGUUCAGGUGGGACGCUGGUAGGCAUUGCUACGCCUUGAGACUUCCAAGUUCGCACUAGCUGCAUCGACUUCACGUGUCUGUGUACCUUUCAUAGACCACCAAUGUAUGAGGGCUGAGAUGUGAACAGGAGGCCUUCUUUCACUACAGCACCCAAGGCGAAAUCUGCACUGGAUGGAUACUUCCUGAAACCACUGCCUACAAUUAUAUCUUACACUGUUCCUGACAUUGAGCAUUUUAGACGUGGUAUUUAUGGGAGCUGUUGGUGACUUAAAGGGGGAUUUCGGACAUCCCUUGUCUUUGAGUUUCUGACAAAUGGCAUGGCUGUUCUCUCCGAGAUGAUGAAAGUCAGAAAGAGUCAGGCCCACAAGCAACAGCCACUGUGUAGAGAAAUGUCUUGUCAGAAAUUCAUAGUUGAUGCAUAAAACCAUAUUUUCCUUAACUUUUUUUUGUUCUGUGUUCUUUGAAAAAAAAUAAUCAUCCAUAGGUGUGGUAUUAUUGAUAAUUUGAAACAUUGGAAGGUUAGUGAGUGAUGUAGGAAGCUUUAGAAUUUGUAAUUAAAAUAUUUUGGAAAAAAUCAUUCAAGCCAGUGAUUUACAUAUUUACUAUUCCUAAAUAAUGUAUUUUAUGACAAAUUCAAAGUCAAGUUAAAUGAUCUCCAUGUUCAAAUGAACAAUAGACAAUGCUCAACUCCUUGUGCAGCCCUGAGCCAAUGGAUACCAUUCUACAAUCCUCUAUUCAACACAUCUGUUGACUUCUCAAAAAAGUUGUAACUAUUUUAUCAACACUUGAGGGAUGAUGGGAUGUAUUGAUCCCUAGCCAGGAUUGAACCGACAACUUUCCAAUUGUGACUCAAUCGCUCUUAGCAAUACGAAUAUCCAGCCGGAUCCCUUAUGUGAUCAAAUCACAUAUACUGUCAUAAUGGAUAAUAUUGUGGAUUAUACUAGGUACAUGCAGUCAAAAACACAAAUUGCUCUUGCCGAGUGUUCGGUGACACUCAUCGCCAGUAGCAGUUCUGAGCCACAGAUGGAAAUUCCACAUUCUUGUGGCCAUUCUCUCCAUAGGACAUCCACUUGUGUUUUGCCACCGAGUGAAUCCGCUUUAUUAAGAAUGACCGGUGAUGGCAAUAGGUCGAAUCAAUGCUGGCCAAGGUUUAAACUCAAAACUUUGUGACAAAUUGCCCCAAUCAUGUGGAAAGCAUAUAUACUGGAAAAAGUUAAAAUAUAACUGACUAUUUCUAUGGCAAAACACAGAUGUGGAUGUGUACACAUCCUUAGUUUGCUUGUGUUACACCAAAUUCAUAAUUUGUAUUGAUUAACUGAAAAAAUAAUUUUACAAAAACUAACUAAUAUUAUGAAGGUUUUCAUUCAGUGCAAUGUGCUUCCAGUAUCUUGAAGACUGGCCAUUUUUUCCCUUUUCAAGCUAGUUGUAUAUGCCGUUUCUGAAUGCACAGGACACCUGCAUUGCAUAGACAGAUGCACAUGAUGAACGAAUCAUAAACAAUCACUACAAAAGAGUGCUUCACAGCAUCAAAGGUGGUACACACUUGUGGCGUCAAAGACACUACUAGGGCAUUGUGUAGAGGUGUGAGCAUUGUCUAUGCCAUAAAGUUACUUUUUAGUCAAAUUAAAUGUGUUCAUCUUUAUUAAUUUUUUUCAAGUAAAGGGCUAAAUGCUUUUCUACUCAACAAACCAUGCGGUAGUGCUCAUCUGCAAUGGCAGCCUCGAGCCAUUGGCCUAACUCAACAUUUAUUAUGGGGGCCGAUUUUUCCAUAGAA